AUGAACGCCAGCACCGCCUCGCUCAAUGAGUCCCAGGUGGUGGCGGUGGCGGCCGAGGGAGCCGCCGCUGCUGCUGCUGCGGCCACCGCCGCUGGGGCCCCGGACGCCGGGGAAUGGGGUCCGCCCGCGGCAGCCGCGGCGCUGGGAGGAGGUGCUGGAGCUAACGCGUCGCUGGAGCUGUCUUCGCAGCUGCAGUCAGGACCGUCGGGACUGCUGCUGUCCGCAGUGAAUCCCUGGGACGUGCUGCUGUGCGUUUCGGGAACAGUGAUCGCAGGCGAGAACGCGCUGGUAGUGGCACUCAUCGCGUCCACCCCGGCCCUGCGCACUCCUAUGUUCGUGCUGGUGGGCAGCCUGGCCACUGCCGACCUGCUGGCCGGCUGCGGCCUCAUCCUGCACUUCGUGUUCCAGUACUUGGUGCCCUCAGAGACUGUGAGCCUGCUUACCGUGGGCUUCCUCGUUGCCUCCUUCGCCGCCUCGGUAAGCAGCCUGCUAGCCAUUACGGUGGACCGAUAUCUAUCACUAUACAACGCGCUCACCUAUUACUCGCGCCGGACCCUGUUGGGCGUGCACCUUCUGCUUGCAGCCGCCUGGACGGUGUCCCUAGGCCUUGGGCUCUUGCCGGUUCUCGGCUGGAACUGCCUGGGCGAGCGGGCUACCUGCAGUGUGGUGCGUCCGCUGACGCGCAGCCACGUGGCGCUACUCUCAGCAGCCUUCUUUGCGGUCUUCGGGAUCAUGCUGCACCUGUACGUGCGCAUCUGCCAGGUGGUGUGGCGCCACGCUCACCAGAUCGCGCUGCAGCAGCACUGCCUUGCGCCACCCCACCUCGCGGCCACCAGAAAGGGCGUGGGUACACUGGCCGUGGUGCUGGGCACUUUCGGGGUCAGCUGGCUCCCCUUCGCCAUCUAUUGCGUGGUGGGCAGCCAAGAGGAUCCAGCCAUCUACACCUAUGCCACUCUGUUGCCCGCCACCUACAACUCCAUGAUCAAUCCCAUCAUCUAUGCCUUCCGCAACCAGGAGAUCCAGCGUGCCCUGUGGCUCCUGUUCUGUGGCUGUUUCCAGUCCAAUGUGCCCUUCCGCUCCAGGUCUCCCAGCGAGGUCUGA